AUGUCUAGCAUAACAAAAAUGGAUAAAGAAAUAGUAAAUGAUAUAGAACAUUUACAUAUUACUGAAGAAGAUGGAAAUUACGAAGGAAGUAUUUUAAUAGAUCCAACCCUAUUUCAAAAAAUACAAAAGGAAGACUUAGAUUUAACUAAGGAUGCAAAUAUGAAGGGAAAAGAUAGAAUUGGAGGAAUAAUGAAAAGAUUUAACCAAAAGGAUAAUAUUAUAUAUUAUGGUAAAAUAAUUAAUGAAACACCAACUGAUAUAGCAGAUGCCCAAGGACAUACCUAUAUACAAUUAUUAAAUAAAAAGAAACUUAUGGAACUCAAGAAAAAUAUAAAGAAAGAUGAACAUAGAAAUAAGAUAGGAUAUAUUCAUAUAGGAGCAGUGCAAGUAUUAAUCAAAGCAACUUUUCAAGAAGGAAUAAAUUCUCCAGUAGAACUAAUAUUAAAAGAUGAUAGAAUUACAGACCCAGUAGAUAAAAUACUUGGAGUAGUAGAAGGAAAUUUAGCUUAUGGUAAACUAAAAUUUGAAAUACAUCCAAAUAUUGGAAUACCUUUAAAUACUCAAAGAUUAGAGCAAACUCUAACUCUUGAACACAAAUUCCUUAGAGGAAAUUUAAUGAGAUCAGGAGAUAAAAUAUUUUCAAUCACUUAUUGUGUUAAUUAUGCAUUAACUAAUUCUCACCAUAGUAUUACCUUUAGAAAUAAUAAUAGAAUUGAUAUUCCAAGUCUUUUUGAAGAUAUAGGAAAAAUUUAUUAUCCAAAGAAAAAUGAAAUAACUGAGCUAGGAACUUUUAUGAAUAAAUCAAAGUUUUUAGAGUUAAGAAAAAAUCAAAUACCAAAACCACUUAGAUUUUAUGAACCUGAAAAUAUUGAAGAAAGUGAUAUUGAUAAACUCUCAAACCAAGUUGAGUUCAUUGCUAUUAUUGAAGCAUGCAAAGAGUUGUUAUGGUUGAAGAAAUUUUUGCAGGAGCUUGGGUUUGUUCAAGAUAAAUAUGAGAUAUUUGUUGCUAGUCAAAAGGCUAUUCAUCUUGGUAAGAACCCGAUUUUUCAUAUUAGGUCCAAACACAUUGAUGUGAUAUAUCAUUGGACACAUGGUGUUUUAUAUACUAAUUUGUUUGAGUUAGCUAAAGUUGAUACAGAAGAUAAUGGUUAUGAUAUGAUGAUUAAAACGUUAUCAAGUGAAAAGUUUGAAACUUGUUGUGAUAUCGUUGGCUUGACAAUUUCCUCCACAUAG